UAAUAGUCGAGAGCCGCCUCCAGUCGCCGGACUGAUAACGAGAAUCAAAGAUUGGAGUCAAAGGACGACUCAAACGGCAUUCUUUGUGUUUUCGCAACGUAGAAUACUCGACCCAUCUUGGCCGCCCAUGAUGAUCUACUCGCUCGCAACAGCGCUCCUUUGGGGGCAGGCCGUUGCCGUCGACCGUCUUCUCGGAUUCAACGCGAGGCCGCUUGUCGAGAACCGCACCAUCGACGAGAUUUACAAGGCCGCGCUGGCUGAGGGAGGGACCGUGACGCUUUGGCAUGGCGGCGACGAGACGAACCAGCGGGAUAGCCUCAAGGAGGAUUUCGAGAAGCGGUUCCCCGGAAUGACGCUCAACCUGACCGUCGGACUCUCAAAGUACCAUGCCGCCGAGAUCGACGAGCAGGUCGCGCACGACAACGUAUACGUCGACAGCGUCAUGCUGCAGACGCUGCAUGAUUAUCCUCGGUGGGCUCAGAGCAGCGUGCUCCUCAACUACGCGCCCAACAACUUUGACAAGAUCUGGCCGGCCUUUAAGGAUUCGGCGUCGGCAUCCUUCUACGGCGCCGAGGUCCUCUGGCUGUCCAACGUCUGGAACACGAAGAGCCUGCCAGAUGCCCGUUUCGACACCUUUGAGGAGUUUGUCAAGCCCGAAUACAAGGGCAAGCUUGUUCUCACGUAUCCCAACGACGACGACGCGAUUCUUUACGCCUUUGACUUGAUCAUGCAGCGCCACGGCAAGGCCUGGUUCGACAAGCUCCUGGCCCAGUCGCCGCGGUGGGUACGCGGGACGCAGACGCCGGCGACAAUCCUCCUCAACGACACCGAGGCCGAGGCCGCGACCUUCACGACCGUGGUCGGCUUCGACCCCAUCGACAACGCCAACCAGACGCUCCCGGCCGACGGGCAGUUCGUCAGCUGGGCGCAGGCAGCCGCCAUCCUGGCCAAGGCGCCGCACCCGGAGGGCGCCAAGCUGCUGCACAACUGGGUCCUGAGCGACGACUACCAAAAGGCCCUGGGCUGGAGCGUGCGCAGCGACAUCCCGCAGCGGGAGGGCGUGCCUGACAUGAUGACGCUGCCGAGCACCAACGCGCCCGGCUUCUUCACCUGGAUGCAGAGCCGCGGCAACGUCGAGCGCCUGAGGUUCUGGUUUGAGAGCAAGAUUGGAACGGCCCAGGGUCUGGACCCGCUCAAGGACGAGCUGUAGAGAAGGAAGCCUGUAGAAGUUGAUGUCAAUAUGAUUGGGAGCACAUAGACUUUGCGUUCUCGUUGUAGAUAUAGACAAUGGUCAUUAUUUUGAGCUGGA